ACAUAUCGGAACGUCUGGCAACUCCACGUGUAUUGGGCCCACAAUAGGAAAAUUUGUUUACAACAAAAAAAGGAAAUUAAGCAACAACGGCUGAAUAAUUAAGCAGAACAGCUGAUGCACAGCGAGACUCUAGCAUUGCCUAGAUGAGUGGGCAAGCCAACUUUCACACAAGCUACUCGAAUAACACUGGGAACUAUGAGUUUUCAUUACGCGGAAUCGGAAUCUUCGCAGUCAGAGAGCAAAAUGGACAUCUCUGAGACACCCACGGACUCAACGGGCAUCUCCCCGCUGGCCGAUGAGUGUACGCAGGUCGCUGCGCCCCAGGUGAAAACCAUUCUGGAGGAGACGACCAAGACGAGCGCUACCUUGGACAACAGAAUAAUGCGGCCGGAGUUGCUGUCCAUCGAGACGAUGCCACAACGACAGAUCAUUGAACGCACGCUGGCCAACAGUCAUCCGCUGAUGUCGCCCACGAACACAGACUCGGACUCGGAGCCGUUUCAGACCAAGCGGAACAACUUUCCCGACGUGGUGCCCACCACCGAGGCGGCCGUGCAGGCGAAGAACACACUGAACCAACAAGCCCCCCGCAACAAGCCGAAGGAUGCCAAAGUCAGCCUUCUGAGGGCCAACAGCCCCGACAUCCUUAGCAGCGAGUCGGAUGCGGAUGUCUCGCAGUAUCUCGCUGCUGUGGAGUCCAAUUUUCAAUCAGUUUCCCUGCUGCCCAACGCAAAUGGCAAGAAAACGAAGCGCUGCAGUACCCUGCCAGGUGGCGAGGACAUCUCAAGCCUGGACUCCAUCUCAAAUCAUAGCUUCGACGAUGAUGAGGAUAUCGAACACAAUCUGGCGUCGCUGAGUCCCUCGAGCUCUCUCAUCGACGGCCUGGACGGCGAGGACGAUGACGAUGAUUGCGAGGGCCCCGAACUGCUGCCCGACAAUGACGAUGAUCUGGACCUCGAGUUUGGUCUGGCCACAACGCCCACGCCACACACUCCGGCUGCGGCGACUCUACCACAGUAUUCGGCUGCCGAGGAGCGGCGCGACUCACGCAACUGGCAGAAGAUCACACUGCCAGAUGGACGCACGCGGGAGAUUGACAUGCGGGUUAUUGAGCCCUACAAGCGUGUGCUGUCACAUGGCGGCUAUCUGAAGUCUGGCGGUCAGAAUGCCAUAGUCAUCUUUUGCGCCUGCCACUUGCCGGAUCGAUCGCGGGCCGACUACAGCUAUGUGAUGGACAACCUGUUCCUGUAUGUGGUGAAGACCCUGGAGCAACUGGUGACGGAUGAUUAUGUCUUGAUUUACUUGCAUGGCGGCUCCAAUAGGCGCAACGUGCCGCCCUUUCCAUGGCUGAAGCGAUGCUAUCAACUGCUGGAUAGACGCUUACGCAAGAGUCUGAAGCACAUGUAUUUAGUGCAUCCAACCUUUUGGAUCAAGUCUUUGGUGUGGAUGGCACGUCCGUUUGUCAGCACAAAGUUCUGGCGCAAACUGAUCUAUGUUAAAUCAUUGGAGGAGCUCGGUCUGCAUGUGGCUGUGGAGAAGGCAGCCAUACCGGAAAAGGUGAAGCAGUACGAUGCCAAGCGACAUUGAGAAACUGCAAAAUACUCUCUAGACUUGUUUCAUUCGAACGCAAACAAAAAACUCGCCAUUUGUGUUUCAAGCAUUCCCAUACCCAACUUCACUAUCUUCAUCCACUACACGAUUAUGUGAGCUCUCUCUUUCUCAUCUCUUUCUAUCGCUAUGCUUUAAUUUAAGAUCUCAAUCUUUGUGAUACUUUAUGUUUGCCUUCUCUCAGACGUAGCUCUCCCAUACCCAAACUUCCCCCUCCGCGCGAGUGUGAAGCAAGAGGAAGCGUUAAGCAAAACAACGAACAAGUUUUUGUAGUUCUUUAUUGGCAGCCGAAGAAAAUUGUAUUAGUAGGACAUGCACGCGUAUCCGACGACAUGUGCCUAGGAUUCCUAUACACAAAACAUAUAGAUAUCAUAGUAGCAUAACUAUCAUGUAGCUUCCGUUCCGCUUCAUACAAUACAAUAUAUAAUAUAUUGUAAUGGCAAAACAGACAUCAUAAGCAACCAGAAACCACCAAAACUUCCGAACAUGUUACCUUUUCUUUGUAGUUGCAAAAACGAAACGAAAACGAGUCGACACACGAAACGAAAACUGAAUUUAAACAUAAGUAAUUGAAAAUAUUUAGCUGAAUUUUGCAUUCACUGCAUAUUGUAUAUUCCCCGAACUGUUUCGCCACCGCACGAUGACCACUGUGACCCCAUGCCAGCUAAUCGUAGGUUGCCCCAUACAGACACAAACAUAAUCGUAAUACUCGUACUCGUACUCCACCAUUUGUAGGAAGCCCCCUCCCUUAGGCAUUAAGUGAUACAUAUAGUGACCAUUCUUGAAGAACGUUUGAUAUUUGUAAAGAGUCUACACACACCAACGGAACACACGUAGAAAGAAUCUCUAUCUCUCUCCAUAGAUGGAUGAUCAAUCUGACGUACAAUUUAGGCAAUAUAACCGAUUGAUAUUACCGGUCGACAUUUUGUUGGUUUCCUUUAAUUGCUUUAAACAACAAUAAUAA